CUAAAAUGAAUUUUUAACCGAUGUGGGACAAAUACUUUUCCUUCUUCAAAACCUCUCCUCUGUCCUUUCUCUGUCUCUGUUCUCGCUCAAAUUUAUGAAGAGGCUCGUUUCAAAGCUUCGAUUUUUCUCCUCUUCUUCGAUAGUUCCACGAUGCAACAAUAUACCUAAACCAAUCCUCAAUCCUCUUUAUAAUCUACUUCCCCAGACUCAAAACCCUAAUAAAAUCGUAGAUGUUAUCUGUUCAACACUCAACCACCGUGAUCAUUCCGUCUUGUUACCUAACCUUCGUGACGAGGUUAAAUCGCUGAUUCCUCAUUUGGGUUAUCCUGAAAUCUCUAGGGUUUUGCUUAGGUUUCAAUCUGAUGCUUCUCGAGCUCUUACGUUCUUUAAAUGGGUUAAAUUUGAUUUGGGGAAGAGACCUAAUGUUGGUAACUACUGUUUGUUGCUUCACAUUCUUGCUUCGUCUAAGAAGUUUCCUUUAGCUAUGCAAUUUCUCUGUGAGUUGAUUGAAUUGACAUCUAAGAAAGAAGAAGAGGAUGUGUUUAGUGUUUUGGUUUCUGCUUCUGAUGAAUGUAAUUGGGAUCCUGUUGUUUUCGAUAUGCUUGUCAAGGGUUAUCUGAAAUUGGGUUUGGUAGAAGACGGGUUUUCGACGUUUAGGAAGGUGAUUGAUUCCGGUUUUCGUGUUAGUGUUGUUACUUGUAACCAUCUCUUGAAUGGGUUGCUGAAAUUGGAUUUGAUGGAGGAUUGUUGGCAAGUGUAUAAUGUGAUGUGUAGAGUUGGAAUCCAUCCCAAUACGUAUACGUUCAACAUUCUUACUAAUGUGUUCUGCAACAAUUCGAAUUAUGGUGAAGUUGAUGACUUUUUGGAGAAGAUGGAGGAAGAAGGUUUUGAGCCUGAUUUGGUUACUUAUAAUACGUUAGUGAGUAGUUAUUGUAGAAGAGGAAGGUUGAAAGAAGCGUUUUAUCUGUACAAGAUUAUGUAUAGGCGUCGUGUUGUGCCUGAUUUAGUUACUUAUACAUCACUUAUCAAAGGUCUUUGUAAAGACGGGAGAGUUAGAGAAGCUCAUCAGACGUUUCAUAGGAUGGUAGACAGAGGAAUUAAGCCUGAUUGUAUGUCUUAUAAUACUCUUAUCUAUGCUUAUUGCAAAGAAGGAAUGAUGCAACAAUCGAAGAAGCUGUUACAUGAAAUGCUUGGGAAUAGCGUUGUUCCGGAUAGGUUUACUUGUAAGGUUAUAGUUGAAGGAUUUGUGAGAGAAGGACGGUUACUUGCUGCUGUUAAUUUUGUUGUCGAACUUAGAAGGUUAAAGGUUAUCAUCCCAAUUGAAGUUUGCGACUUUCUGAUAAAAAGUUUAUGCCAGGAAGGUAAACCAUUUGCAGCAAAGCAUUUGUUAGAAAGAAUCAGUAAAGAGGAAGGUCACGAGGCUAAACCAGAGACUUACAAUAACUUAAUCGAGUCUUUGUGCUGUUGUGAUGCUAUUGAAGAGGCAUUGGUUCUAAAAGGGAAACUCAAAAACCAGAAUCAAGUACUUGAUGUCAAGACAUACCGAGCUCUUAUUGGCUGCUUAUGUAGGAUUGGUAGGAACCGUGAAGCCGAGUCUUUGAUGGCGGAAAUGCUUGAUUCUGAAGUGAAACCGGAUUCAAUUAUAUGCGGGGCUUUGGUUAAUAGAUACUGCAAGGAAUUGGAUUUCGAUAAAGCCGAGAGUCUACUGAGUUUCUUUGCUAUGGAGUUUAGAAUCUUUGACACACUGAGUUACAAUUCGCUGGUUAAUGCAUUAUGUGAAACGGGAAGCGGAUAUGAUAAAGUGUUAGAUCUUCAGGAAAGAAUGCAGAGACUUGGGUUUGUUCCAAACAGCUUAACCUGUAAGUACUUGAUCCAAGUGUUGGAACAGCCUUCUUUGCCAAAUCAUCCGCCUGAGAAUUGAAGCAAAGCUUGAUGCGAUGAAACUUGUAUUCCUGGUUCUUGGCCAGAUGCAUAACUUAAAGAAAUACAAAGUUAGAGGUGGAUCGUUUUAACUGGUGGUUUAGCCUGUAGAAUCUCUCGAAAAAGGUCUAGUACUUGCUUAGCAUCCAUGAGGAAAAUGAUGUCCUUGUGAUUCAGUGCCGAAAGCUGCUUUACGGCACGAAGCAGAGCAUUUACCUCAGCUUCCGCUGCAUUCUCUGCUGUCGGAAGCCUACCUCAACUCCAAAGCACAAGUCUUCUCUGUUGAUCAAACAAGAGCCAAGCUAUGCCGAUUUGUGUGUUCGCAUUGAUACAGGAUGCAUCCAGAUAACAGUAAUAUUGAGUAGUUGUAACUAAAGGAUGCACCUGAAAUGGUUGCAGAUUGCCUCCAAUUUUGUAGUCUGUAGCAAUUCCAAGAGUUUGAGCAGGAUUGUCUUUUUUAAUCCUUGCCUCAUGUCUUCUGGUUUGCUUAUUUCCAUGGAUUUGAAAGUAAAGUAUCAAACUUUGUGUAGUUGAAGCAAUUUCUUUGUAACUCUCUAUUAUAACUUCUCCAAAGCAUGAGUUUGUGCUCUGAAAAA